AUGGUGUCCUUUUGGUCCCUUCCGCUCUUUGGCGCCCUUCACCGGUGUGGUGCUGGCUCCCUCCUGACCACGCACCUCCAGUCUGGCCCCGAGUCCUCGGCUCGCUCCGCCUCCCCGUCGGAGCCGGCCUUCCCCGAUGCCCCGUCCACCCUGCAUGUGAUGAAGAGCACCAUGCAGCUGCGCGGCCUGAUGACCAUCAUCCGUGACCGUAGCACCUCGCGCGCGGACUUCGUCUUCUACGCCGACCGUGUCAUUCGCCUGCUGAUCGAGGAGGGCCUCAACUUCCUCCCCUUCCGUGAGCACACUGUCAUCACCCCGACCGACUCCAGCUAUGAGGGGCUGGCCUUCACUGGCCGGGUGUGCGGUGUGUCCAUCAUGCGUGCCGGCGAGGCCAUGGAGAAGGCCCUGCGCGAGUGCUGCCGCAGCAUCCGCGUUGGCAAGAUCCUCAUCCAGCGCGAUGAGUCGACCGCCCAGCCGAAGCUUUUCUACGCCAAGCUCCCGCCUGAUAUCGCCGAUCGCCAUGUCCUCCUGCUGGACCCGAUGCUCGCCACUGGCGGCUCGGCCAUCAAGGCCGUGGAGGUCCUGAUCGAGCAGGGCGUCCCGGAGGACCGGAUCAUCUUCAUCAACCUGGUCGCCGCGCCGGAGGGUGUCCUGGCCUUCUCCAAGCGCUUCCCUCACACGCACAUCAUCACCGCCGAGGUGGAUGACUCGCUCAGCACCUCGAAGCACAUCAUGCCCGGUCUUGGUGACUUCGGCUGUCGCUACUUCGGCACCGACGAGUGAGCAUAUGCACCCUCCCGCGAGAGGGUGCCCCGCACCUGCCUGCCCCCCCCCCCACGCCCGCAUGUCCUGUCGGGUGGCGAUAUCGGGCCGCCCCGGCCGGCGUGCCAAAGCGGCCUCCACCCCUCGGCAGCGCAGCAGCAACGUGUGCCCCUUCAUUCUAUCUCUCUCCUCUCCCCUCCUUGCAACAAUACAGCUCAUUCCCCCCA